AUGGAACGGCGUAUUAUCAAGAGUAUUGUAAUAACGACUAGUGGCUUUAUUUUCACAUGGACUCCGUAUGCAGUAACACUUUUUGUUUCGGCCUUUCACGGUAAUGAUUAUGCCAUACCACCAUUGGCUUCUUUUCUGUGUGCCUGCUUUGCUAAUACAUCAAUAGUAUGGAUUCCGAUGUUUUAUGCUCUCACAUCGACUCAAUUUGAAUUACAUGUCGUCAAUAGAAAUACUCUAGAUCAAACGACGGGAACAAAACGAGUCGAUGCUACAUUAGCGCACGUACCUAUAUUAGAUCAGAAAAACGAUGAUAUGCCAAUGAAACCUGUUGUUGGCAACACUCGUGACGCAUGA